GUGACCAGUCGUAAACGUCGGGGUCGAGCGGCGCCCACGAUGUUAUUAUCGCGUUUCGCGCGUAAUGUCCGUUCCUUUGUCGAGGAUAUAUCCGACAGCGUGCGACCGAAAAACUAAACGACUGCGGACGUGAGACAGUGGCCGCGGGUACUCGCGAAAAGCAAAAGGUUAUUAAUUGUUUGUCGCGCGACAAAUAAUUCCAACAAUCCGUCGCCAACAAGCGGAUCGGGUGAAAACGAACGCCUUGCGCGCGGUUAGGUUAUGCGACGCUUACACUAACCUGUGUUGCAUGACCAAGCGUUUUGAUAACAAUUCACGAGGACGCGUGAUAGUCGUGCAGUCGUGCGUGGUGACAACGGUGUAUAGGUGCGUGCACCAUCGUCGGGAACAUUUUUAAUUAAAAACGAAAAAAAACUAAAAAUAAGAGGCUGUAGCCAUGGAUUAUAAAUUUAAUGGAAAGGAUAUGAACAAAAACGAAUUUUUCCAUCUAUUAAAUCUUCGAGCAGUUAAACCUAAUCAAGAUGUUGAAAGACGUUUAUUAAUACCACCAAUGUCAUGUACGGCGCUCAAGGAAAAAAAUAAUAGCACUGUAACUGGAUAUGAAAAUUAUUAUCUGACAGAAGGCAAUACGAAAUUAUAUCCAGUAAAGGACUUUGAUUUUAUUGGCAAACAUGUUAUUUGUCAAAAAUGUUAUCAAAGAUUUGCAUCUAAAUUUUCAUUUAAAGCUCAUAUUGGUACUGAUGUUUGUGUUAAAUCAUACAAUGGACCAAAUCUAGUGUAUGUAAAAUUCAAAAACAAAUUUGGUAGACAAGGGCGUAAAAAAUAUACAACCGAACCUUUGAAAGAUUUCCACCAUGAUAUUAAAAAGAAUUUAUUGAAUCCUGAAAUGUUAAAUACUUUACAAACACGUAAGAAUUGUUACUCAGACGUAAUACAUCAGCGUAAUAAAGUUAAAGAAAAAUCAGUUACUAAUAAUGAACCCCGUGUGAAAAAACCAAGGGGAAGGCCUAGGAAGAAUGUUGAGGCUGAGCCAAACAAGCAAAACCAACCAAAACAAUUAAAUUCAACGACAGUUAAUACUAAUAGUAGCGAGGAGUUUGAAUUUAAAAAACCAUUGCCUGUUAGCGGUAGAGUUGUCGAUGCUUAUAAUAAUAAUGUCGAAAAUGAAAAGCAAGAAUUCUUGUCGCCCAAUAUUAAUUCGAUAGCUGGAAAGUUUUGGAACAUUUUUAAUGAGGUUUGGAAAAAAAAUGAAAUGGAAUUAAAACAAGAAUACUCUGAACAUUACUUGAAAAAAGAAGAAGGAAAAUUUGAUACAUCAGUUGUAGAAGACCUUCAUCUUAACCUGGAAGGACUUAAAAAUGAAUUAUUGAAUCUUUUAAAACAGCUUGAAGAUUUUCAUGUAUCGUAUAAUUAUAAAAAUGAUAUUGAAUUGAUGCUGUCAAAACUUGAUGAAAAACUUAAUGAAUUAAAACCAACUGAACUGAAAAAAACUUAUAUGCAUAGUGACCCAACUACAGGUAAAGGAAAAGAAAAUAUUCAUCGCUCAAUCAAAAAGAAUGAGAAGGAUUUUGGUAGUGAUGAAAAAUGUAGUGGUAAGAAGUUAAACGGUAACAUAAAUGAUAACAUGAUGGAUGUAGAAGAUUCAAAAACUCAGGAUAUAAUUAAAAAAAAAUUAGAAACAGAGGCUGCGAUUAAAAAUUAUACCAAUUCAGUUCCAAGCCAUUUAAAUAAUGUUAGUUUAAAUAAUAUUUAUAAUCCUAUUAUGGAAUGUAAAAUUUGCGUAAAACGUUUUGGAUCACUUAUUGAAUGGAAAAUGCAUUGUGCUGAACAUGUCGGAAUAUCUGAUAAAAAAUGUAUGUGUAAGAUUUGUGGUUUCAAGUUUAGAAUGUAUAGAGACUGUUUGAAACAUAUGAAUACUCAUUGUAUAACAAGAGCUAAAAAUAAUGAAAAAAGAUUCAAAUGUAAGAAAUGUAACAAACAGUAUAAUUUCCUCGCGCUUUAUUAUGGUCACAUCAGAACACAUGUGUAAGAAUCGUAAUAAGUUUUUCUUUUAAUUUCAUUUAUUGUAAAUUUACUUUUUUAAACAUAAUAUUAUUUUUAAACUUUUGAAUACUU